AUGGCUCCAGAGUAUGCAUUAAGUGGCAAGCUGACAGAUAAAUCUGACGUCUAUUCCUAUGGAGUUGUGCUUCUGGAGCUUAUAACUGGGCAUCCACCUAUCAGUUCUGCAGAAUCAGUAAUGAAUGAAAGCUUGGUUGCCUGGGCAUUGCCCGUUGGUUUAUGUAUGCUUGGCUCCAAAGUCACCUUGUCGAAACUCCCUCCCUUUAUACUGCCAUUACAGGCUAGGCCUUUACUCACUCAAGCUCUGGAAGAUGGCAAUUUUGAAGCUCUAGUCGAUCCACGACUGGGGACUAAGUAUAAUGACAGUGAGAUGGCUAGCAUGGUUGCAUGUGCUGCUGCUUGUGUGCACUCUUCAUCCUGGAUCCGACCACGAAUGAGCCAGAUAGUUCAUGCUUUGGAAGGCGGAAUGUCUGCACAGGACCUCAAUGCAGGAAUAUUCAGGCCAAGACAUAGCACACUAUAUGGUUCUUCAAGAAGUUCUAGUUCCAAUUCCUAUCAAUACGAAGAGAACAUGAAGAGUUUCAACAUGGCAAGUGUAGGUAGGCAGCCGGAUGGCAUCAGUGGGUACACUGGAACCACCAGCGAGUAUGGUCUUAACCCAUCUAGCUCAAGUAGUGACGUUAGCAGCAGAUAA